CACACACAGCCAAGCUCUUUCCCUCACUAGUCCAGUCGCCGCGAUAAAAAGUGCAUUUUACAGUGAAAUUGCUAACAACUUCACUCACAUGAAACUUAGACUCCUUUUUCGCGAGUGACCGUCAAUCUCGUGUUUUUUGCUGUAAUUCGGCGAUGAAGAUUUUAUUUCCCCCGCACAGAGGUCGCGUUUUUUUGCCGGUUGAUUUGUGAAGUUGAUGAGUUGAUCCAUCUACCUGACGGAGGGCAGCGGCGCCAAAUGCGCGUCUGAAAAGGCGAGGAUUCUCUGGAGAAUUCACACAAGAGGCAAGCAAAUAGCUGAAUAUUGGUGUCCUCUAACUUUUUAAGUUCGAGGAAAAAUACUGGAAGAUUGUAUGGAAAAGGCACAUGGGGUUUGAAAUACCUCUGAAAUCCGGUAAGGGAAGUGAAAGUAGGAGGGAUAAAACAAAAAGAGGGGAGUAACAGAGGGUGUAUGUUGCCUCUCACUGUAGUUUCCCUGCCACUACCAUGAGUUGGAGUUUCCUGACUCGCCUGCUGGAAGAAAUCCACAACCAUUCUACAUUUGUGGGCAAGAUCUGGCUCACUGUCCUCAUUGUUUUCCGCAUCGUGCUGACGGCCGUAGGAGGAGAGUCCAUCUACUACGAUGAGCAGAGCAAGUUUGUCUGCAACUCAGGCCAGCCGGGCUGCGAGAACGUCUGCUACAACGCCUUCGCUCCGCUGUCACACGUCCGCUUCUGGGUUUUCCAAAUCAUCCUGGUGGCCACCCCUUCUCUCAUGUACCUGGGCUAUGCUGUCAACAAAAUCGCUCGUGCGGAGGAGCAGGCAGACAGCGGAGGAACGAGGGGGUUUUCCCGGAGGAAACCCAAGAAGCACUAUCUCGGCGGCAGAAAGCAGCACAGAGGCAUCGAAGAGGCUGAGGAUGACCAAGAGGAAGACCCGAUGAUCUAUGAAAUGGCAGAGGAGGAGAGUGAUGGUAGUGGAUCAGCAAAAGGAAACAGCGGUGAUGGAAAAGUGAAGGCCAAGGUACGGCAUGAUGGGCGCCAGCGUAUCAAAGAGGAUGGACUCAUGCGGAUUUAUGUCCUUCAGCUCUUGGCCCGUUCCUUGCUGGAGGUGGCUUUCCUGUGUGGACAGUAUGUCCUGUAUGGAUUCGCUGUGCCCGCCAUCUACGUGUGCUCAAAGCAGCCCUGCCCUCACAACGUGGACUGCUUUGUGUCACGGCCCACUGAGAAAACUAUCUUCCUCCUCAUCAUGUACACGGUCUCCCUGCUCUGUCUGGCGCUCAAUAUAUGGGAGAUGCUUCACCUGGGCAUAGGUACCAUCUGUGAGAUCAUACGGUCCCGCCGGAUGCAGCUCCCCGACGACGAGCUGUACGGGCUGACAAGGGGACAAGGAGCUCGUAAUGAGGCAGGGUUGAGCGGAGAGGAUUACAGCAGCUACCCUUUUUCUUGGAAUGCACCAUCAGCUCCACCUGGGUACAACAUCGCCAUCAAGCCUCCUCUGGUAUCUACAGGCCACCAAGAGCAACCGCUACCCAUCACUGACCUCACAAACACCAAGAUGGCAUGCCGACAGAACCACGUGAACAUUGCCCAAGAGGAGCGCCAGCAGUACACCAGUAAUGAUGAAAACCUGUGCAGAGCAGGGAUGGGAGAUGGCCCCAGAGGUGUUCAUAAGGACACCUGUCAGCCUCAGAACAGGCUGGAGGCCGACAGUCAGGCCUACAGCCAGCCGCAAAGCCACGGUAACAACCACAGCAAGCCUCACCGUGAACGUAAACACCGACCGACCUCCAAACACACCUCCAGCAAGGCAGAUGCAGACAGAGGCAGUGGCAGCACCAGCAGUAGCAGCAAAUAUGGAGUCAUAAAGGGCUCAGAGUGGAUCUGAAAUGAGAAGUUUUUGUUAUUUUUAAACAAAGCAGACAGACUCAUUAUUUACAUUUAUUUGUCUGUACUGACUCCAAAAAAUGGACACAGCACCCAGUUUACAUUCUUCUCAGUUUUGUUCAUACAAUGAAGCUCAUUAUGAGUGAUUAUUCGUACCAGAAUCUAUCUUGUACCAGUUGAGUUAGAGCUCUGCCCCGUGAAGAUCAAACAGUUAAAUCAUUUACCCACAAAUGUAUAAACCUAAACAACUACCACACACUUCCACGCUGUAACUUAAGGUGCCUUACUUGAACAGUCAAAGUGCUGCUUCCAAAUGUUUUCUGCAUCACUUUAUGUACAACUGAAAACAGGAGCUAGUUCCUGCUGUCCACUACCACCACCCAGAGGUUAAGCUUUGAACAAUAGUGUUGUUUCUGAAUAUGCAAAAUUGUAUACAUAUUUUCACCAACCCAGGUUGGCUGUGGAUUGAUUGUUUUUGUUUUCCCCAGCUUGGAUGGAAAGUAUAUUUUCAGCUGAUUAUUUUAUAGUGUUUCUGUGUCCUUGCAUCGUUGAAUGGCAGUGUUUGGCAAAGUUUAAUAACCUAACCCUAUUCUUCAGACUGUUGUCAGUGUUGUAAUGUCAAGCUGUUACAAUUUGUGACAUUAUGUUUGUUUCACGUUUAUGUUACGAUGGUUUUCUCAACCAUUAGUCCAUUAGUUUGUGUAAAGAAAUCUGGCCUAAAGCAUCUGUCCUGUUGUGUUUUUUUCUCCCCAGAGGCCUGAUACAAAGAAUUCUUCCUCAUACUGUAAUCAUUUCUCUCAAUACAUACUUUUAUUUGCAUAUUUUCAAAUUGAAAUGUUAUUAAGGCUAGUCCUUUGCACUGUGCCAGUGUUUUUGUGAAAGUAUUUUUAUAAACGAAAAGUGCAUGUUUUAAAUAAAGAACUGGU